CAGUCACCGUGUGAACUGGCCUGGAACGCUGUAGCUGAUUGUGUGGAGCUUUUGCGAUUGCCAGCCUGCUUCAUGCGUGUGCUGUAAGACAGAGCAGCGAGAAGACGAACAGCCCUUCUGAGCACACUCUUCAAUCACCUGUUCGUUGGCAGUCAACUACUAUAGAUAACCAAGACGAUGGCUGCCAGCAAGAACAAGAACCAGAGUUCUUUGGUCCUGCACAAAGUAAUCAUGGUUGGCAGUGGAGGUGUGGGCAAGUCAGCACUUACACUUCAGUUCAUGUAUGAUGAGUUUGUGGAAGACUAUGAACCUACGAAAGCCGACAGUUAUAGAAAGAAAGUGGUUCUGGAUGGGGAAGAAGUCCAGAUAGACAUUCUGGAUACAGCAGGACAGGAAGAUUAUGCAGCUAUUCGAGACAACUACUUCCGCAGUGGAGAAGGGUUUCUCCUUGUCUUCUCAAUAACAGAACACGAAUCCUUUACAGCAACGGCAGAGUUUAGGGAACAGAUCCUGCGUGUGAAGGCUGAAGAGGACAAAAUCCCUUUGCUUGUGGUGGGAAAUAAAUCUGACCUGGAGGAGCGCAGGCAGGUGCCUGUAGAAGAGGCCAGAAGUAAAGCUGAGGAGUGGGGUGUGCAGUAUGUAGAAACUUCUGCCAAAACUAGAGCAAAUGUAGAUAAGGUAUUCUUUGAUCUAAUGAGAGAAAUCAGAGCAAAGAAAAUGUCAGAAAACAAAGACAAGAAUGGGAAGAAAAGUGGCAAGAACAAGAAAAGCUUUAAAGAAAGAUGUUGUUUACUGUGAUCCUUAGGAACUGUAAAUAUCUAUCAAUGGAAUGAAUAAGACUUGCCACUAACGGUAUAGGGCUGGAUUCAUGAAAGGAAGUUUGUAUUGAUUCCCUUAUCAUAUUUUUAUUCACUUAACCGCCUUUUAAAAUGCAAACAUUUAAUUUAUGAAUUAGUCAACAGAAACUUGAGGAUGUGUACACUGAAAUGGACUCACCUUGUCAGCAAGUUUCAAAGCUGGAAUUUUACCUGCAAAUAUGGCUCUUUGGGCAUUUUAUUUCUGUCCGCAGGAAGUAAUCCUAUGUCAAUUUCAAAGUAAUAGCUUCUUGUUGUCCUUUUGAAUCUGUUCUUUUUCCAUCAAACCUAUUUUGGCCUCACCAAACAUCUCUGAUUGUCUUAAGUUCAACUGAAUUUUUCAUUAUCUAUGCACUCACUGACUUAAAUGGGGUUUCUUUUAUUAAUAAUAAAUAUAGACAAACCAGUAUUUGGCAAGAAUUUUUCAGAUUCUCACAAUCUUUAAGUGGCUGUUGAUAUUUUCUGACUGUCACAAGUCUAUCUGGCCGCUAACAUUUUGAAGUUUUGGGAGUAGUCACUCAAAAGCAAAUUAGUAUCUGUUCAAUUAUUAAUCAAUACAAUAUUCAUGAAUCAAGCCUACUGACUGAAAUCUGACUUAGUUUGGUAAUGUAACAUUUGGUAUUUAAAUGCUGGUUAGUUGUAUUUCCAAUUGGCUUGUUUCCUCUCAUGAGGCUUUUUUUAACACAACAAAAAACAAUUAUCUGGUGGGUGGGGAGGAGACCUAAAACAGAACUGUAUUUAUAAUUUUUUUAGAAAGGAAACAAAUUGGAAAUAAAUAACAACCCCCCUCUCCCCUAAUUAUUAUUAUUCUGUAUUGAGGCUAGAUUCAUACAGUUGCGUCUACUUCAUCAGCUCUUAAGAUAAUGAUUUUGAGGAAGGGGACUAAGCUGUUUAAAGUGUAGAUUAUCUAUUUUGUUAUAUUGAAAAACAUGUAUUCAUGUCUUGUAGAUCUACAAACUACCAUGCCUCUGCUUUCCAUUUUGUUUAAGACAAACAUUUUUUUCUUUUUGAGAGAGGACAUGGGGCACUGAUCACAAAACCAUGAGAGUGGAAUGAAUGUGAGGCUUUUGUGCUACCUCGCAACUUGACACAGUUACUUGGCUAGUAAGUAAGUUGCUAAAUGUCAAAAACAAACUUGAAAUGACGUUAGGCAACUGUUGUAUAUUAUGUUACUUGCUGUUAAUUUUUAGUGUACUGUUCCUCUGCACAUUUAUCUAAAAUAUGGAGACAUUUUUGCUGAGCUUUUCUGUCAAAGCCGCAGUUGAAUAGUCUUAAAUAAUCAACUACCUUAGAAUAGAAAUGCAAGAAGUAUAUGGGAAACAUCAGUAUUUAGCAGUUCUUGUCUCUGAGAUUCACUUAAAUACUUUUCUCAACUUAAUGGUUUCAAUCAAGUACCAUUUCCAAAAAUAUAUAUUUCCAUUUUGUUGCAGUAGCAGAAAUUAUCACCUUUAUAAUACCCUGCUUCUGGAUUACAUUUUAUAGAGCUUCCCAAUGAAGUACAGAAAAAUUCCUUGAAUUUUUAACAAGUAGAUGCAUAUUAUCCGAAAACUAAUUUUUCAGCUUGUCUGAUUUGUUACUUCAAAUGCAGCUACGCCGAGAAAAGAAUACAUUGUGGAAUGAAAGAUGUGUAAGUGCUAAACAAACUAAUAUUGUUAGCUCGAUCCUUAAAUGGGUGGGAGCAUAGCAGAGGCAGGAAGGGUUUAAUUCAAAAUUUAAUGAAGUAUCUAGGCAUGGCCAAAUGUGUGUGUGUUAAUAAUUUUGACAGAUCAGUUCUUAAGCAUUAUUUUUUUAUUUUUUAUCAUUUUUUUUCUUUUUCUUUUUUUAAAGUACAAUUGCUGGAAUUUGAGGACUGGUCAGGCACUAAUUAUUUAGUGACAUUGAGAUUCAAGGAAGUUAGGGUUUUUUAAACCAGGAGACUCAAAUUGUCAACAUCCCAUGUUAAAAUAUUCAAAAUAAAUAUCCUUAUCAAAUUCUGAUAUGUUCUUAAACAGCAUUUUUCUUUGUCUGCCACUGUAAUUUUGAUUAUCAUUGGUGGAAAUAUUUUUUUAUCUGUUUGUGUCGUGACUUCAACACUUAUCAAUAAAAAUCAAAUUCUUCCAAUACUAAAUGUAGCUAACCUCUAGGAUUACUGAAGUAUAUUCCUAUUGUUCUAGAUUGCUGCACUUGUGCAUUCCACUUAGAGAUUUGAAAAGGAAAAUAAAGUUCAAUAUACAAUGGACCUUAUGAGACUGAGGUCUUGCAUGACCUUCCGAGUUUCCUAUCCUAUUAAUUCAUUGUAUUCCAUGUCUUGGUGGUGUUACUUGUCAAGUGCCAUAUCAGAGAGGGAGAAUCAUGUAUUAAAUCAAGGGUGCUAUAAUCUAUUUUAUUGUUAAUUUAAAUUACGAUAUUGUUCUAGGUUGACCAUUUUUUGAGCGAUAGAACUUUGAAAACGUUAGCCUUUAAAACUUGACAGUUAGGGUCAGAAUGCCAUUACAAAGCUAGAUUGACCCGGAGCAUAAAAACAUGAAAAUGUAGGAGCUAUUUGGCUCUUUAAAAACAAAAACCCCUUGUUUACAGCUAUUUUAUUUAAACCCCGUGCAAGAGUAGUGGGUGUAGUUAUGUCAUAUAACAUAAAGGGAUGCGUUUGGAUGAGAUGUUAUUACACACUUUACAGUGUCACUCAUAGCAUCUUAAUGCUUAAACUUUUCAUUUGUAAUAGGUCUGACUUUUUUCAUUGUCUACACUCUGCAUUUCUUGAUCUGAAAAAUUAAAAUAGGCUAGUCAGUUUUACUUCUGUUUAUAGUCUCUCUGUAAGUCCCUUUCAGAUUCUCAUAGGUAAGCACAGUGCCUCAGUAUUUUUACUGCAAAUAUAGCUGGUAAAUCUUAAUUCUUGGAAAAAACUGUUCUCAGUGGCGUUUUAGAAAGAUUGAUGGGAACACUGGUAUUGGUAAGUUGUUUUAAAUAGCAUAUAUAUUUUUGGUCCAAAUCUUUUUUCCUAACCUCUCUAAAAUUUUAGCGGCACUUAGACUUGUAAGAAUGUAUUAUGUUGACCUCCAGUUUUCUUGAAUAGCAUUGAGAGGAAAAACAAGCAUAUAAAAUAUGUCUCAUCAAGGUUCACUGGAGUGUAACAUUUAAUUAAAAAGUGAUUUAAGUUGCUUAUAAAUCAGAGUGCACUUGACCAGAGUCUCAAACAGGCAGCUUAUUUAGAACUGGAAACAGGUAUGCAUUUUGUGCUAAUACCCAACGAUCCCAUUAACCUUCUUAGAACGGUUGUAUUAUGUGAUAGGAAACACUUUUUAAAAACAAAACAGAUAUUUUGUUAUUGCACAAGGUGUUCCUGUGUGUUGUAACCCCCAUCAGACACACUGCGGGCAGAGUAGUUCUUAUUUUUAAUGUACAAUGAGAACUGGACACUCCGGGUGACUUUCAACUGUAGUAAAAACUUGCUUUGUCUUUUUGAGUUAGACUUGCUUGUGAGGAAGAUACUUAGCAGUUUUAUGUUCUUUAAUCACUACUCAUUAACACUUUUCCAAACAUCACAGCAUUUGCAUCAAUGGGGCAGACAGCUUGAGAGAACAUUCUGUGAGAGCUUUCAGUGUGUCUCUUUCCCAAAACCCAGAAGUAACUUACGAACUUGAGACAGCAGCUUUCAGUUCUACGUUUCAGUUAUGUCAGAUGCAGAAAAGAGAACUUUCCUGGAAAUCUCUUCUCAGUUUGUUGUCCAUGAACAAGGGAUAACUCAGUGGUUUGAGCAUUGGCCUGCUAAACCCAGGGUUGUGAGUUCAGGGUUGUGAGUUUGCCAUUUAGGGAUCUGGGGCAAAUCUGUCAGGGAUGGUACUUGGUCCUACCGUGAGGGCAGAGGACUGGACUCGAUGACCUCUCAAGGUCCUUUCCAGUUCUAUGAAAUAGGUAUAUCUCCAUAACAAGGUAGCUACUUUGGUUCAAACAAAAUUUCGUAAGUGGCCAACAUUUAUCUUCAAAAAUACUUGUGUGAAGAACUGUUAGUCUGAUUUUUAAUAUACCAGCCAGGUAAUAAACUGCAUUCCUGGCCUGGAAGUUGUGUGGUGGUGGUGUGUUAAACUCCUUGUCUUGGGAAGUGCCUCACACUUGGCUGUUCUCUGUCCUCCCAAGUAGAGGGAGUACCAGAGUGACCUCAGGUGAUUUCCAGUUCUGUUUGGCUGGAGAUACAUAAACUCAAGAGGGGGUUGUUGAGACUGCGAUAGUAGUUAAAGGAUGGAGGAAAGAACUAUGUUUUCUUGUUGGGGGCCCAUAAGAAGGGGCUGAAAUGAACCAUUUUCUGAGCUGAUCCUAAUCUAGAUGUGCAAUCAUAAAUCAAGUGUGGAAAGUGGAGAGAAUUUGGUAGGUUAGCAAACACAUAUAUCCUACUACCCAUGUGAAUUAAAGCAAUUGAAGGUUCAAAACGGCAGCUUUUGAAGGUCAGGUUU